UGGCAAAGCAAAACCACUGUUGCGUUUUUCUCUUGGUUACGUUACGAUUGCUUAAAAGGACGAAGAAAGCAGUGAAGGGAGGUGAAGGGAAGACGCCUUAUCCUCUUUCUCCAUCUUUCUGCAAUCUGCAAUAAUUCAAGUUUCAGGGGAACAGCAGUGUCGUUCUCCGCCGGAAGAAUGCUUUUGCACCGCCCCUUUCAACUUCAUGCUCGCAGCCGCUUCAGUCUCCUCUCCCUUUCCUCCCCGUUUCGCCGUAGUAUCACUUACCUCCCCAACUCUCACACCAAAUUGCAGCGCCGUUCGGUUAUCCGAAUAUCCGCCUCCAUAACCGCCAAGCCUUCCUCGGAGCUACGGAAGAAGCACAAAAGCUCCGAGCCCGACGAAAAGCUUGUGGCUCUUCGCGAGCUAUUCUCCCGGCCAAACAUCAAUAUAGAUGCCUAUAUCAUUCCCUCUCAGGAUGCUCAUCAGAGCGAGUUUACUUCGGAGUGUUAUGCAAGGCGAGCGUACAUAUCAGGCUUUACUGGUAGCGCAGGCACUGCUGUUGUCACGAAAGAUAAAGCAGCUCUUUGGACAGAUGGACGAUACUUCCUCCAGGCUGAGCAGCAGUUAAGCUCUAGCUGGAUUCUCAUGAGGGCUGGUAAUUUUGGAGUACCUACGACAAGUGAGUGGCUUAAUGGUAUCUUGUCACCUGGUUGCCGAAUUGGCAUAGAUCCUUUCCUGUUUUCUUCCGAUGCUGCAGAAGAACUGAAAGAGGCCAUAUCUCAGAAGAAUCAUGAGUUGGUCUACUUGUAUGAUGUUAAUCUUGUGGAUGAGAUGUGGAAAGAUUCCAGACCAAAGCCUCCAAACAGACAUAUCAGAUUGCAUGACGUGAAAUAUGCUGGCGUAGAUGUGUCAUCCAAGCUGUCCUCGUUGAGGUCUGAACUAAUUAGUGCUGGUUCAUCUGCGAUUGUUAUCUCAAUGCUGGAUGAGAUUGCAUGGCUCUUGAACUUGAGAGGUAGCGACGUACCACAUUCACCUGUCAUGUAUGCCUAUUUAGUUGUGGAGAUUGAUGGAGCAAAAUUAUUUAUAGAUGAUGCCAAACUCAAUCCUGAAGUGAACCAUUACUUGAAGAAUGCUGGAAUAGAGUUGAGACCAUAUGAGUCUAUUCUUUCUGAAAUUGAAAGUUUGGCUCUAAAAGGGGCGUGCCUUUGGUUGGACACAUCAUCUGUUAGUGCUGCUAUUGUAAAUACUUUUAAAUCUGCCUGUGAUAAGUACAUUAGCACUGCUGGAGUUGUUAAUAGUAACAAGAAGACUGUACCAAACAGUCCAGAUGGCCAAUCUUGUGGACCCACUGCGGUGUAUAGGAGCUCGCCUGUUUCUUUGGCUAAAGCUGUGAAGAAUGAAGCUGAAUUAGAAGGAAUGCGUAAUUGUCAUCUAAGGGAUGCAGCAGCUCUAGCACAAUUCUGGGCAUGGCUGGAGGAGGAAAUCAGCAAUGGUGUCAUUUUGACAGAAGUAGAUGUUUCUGACAAACUUCUUGAGUUCCGCUCUAGGCAAGAUGGUUUCAUUGGCACAAGUUUCGAUACUAUAAGUGGUUCGGGUGCUAAUGGUGCUAUCAUACAUUACAAACCAGAGCCUAACAGUUGUAGCAUUAUAGAUGCUGAAAAACUCUUCCUACUGGACAGUGGAGCACAAUAUAUUGAUGGGACGACCGACAUUACCCGGACAGUACAUUUUGGUCAACCUUCUUCACGGGAAAAAGAAUGUUUUACCCGAGUUCUUCAGGGUCAUAUAGCACUUGAUCAGGCCAUCUUUCCUGAAAACUACCCUGGUUUUGUAUUGGAUGCCUUUGCAAGAUCAUCAUUGUGGAAGAUUGGUCUUGAUUAUCGUCAUGGUACUGGUCAUGGUGUAGGAGCUGCACUGAAUGUUCACGAAGGCCCUCAAAGUAUCAGCUUCCGUUUUGGAAACAUGACACCGUUGCUGAAAGGCAUGGUUGUUAGCAAUGAACCAGGGUACUAUGAAGACCAUGCAUUUGGCAUUAGGAUUGAAAAUCUCCUCUAUGUGAAAGAGGCUAACACACCAAAUCGCUUUGGAGGAGUAGAAUAUUUGGGAUUUGAAAAGCUCACAUUUGUUCCCAUUCAGGCCAAAUUGGUUGAUUUAUCAUUACUCUCUACAGCCGAGAUAGAUUGGCUCAAUGACUACCACGGGCAAGUCUGGGAGAAGGUUUCCCCAUUGCUUGAUGGUCCAGCGUAUGAAUGGCUCUGGAAUAAUACAAGGCCACUUGUAAAGGCUUGAUACAAUAUUUCACCUUGUUCCAGACUUUGUACAAAUAGAAUUCGAACUGCCUGCCUGUUGUUAUACUUAAAAGGCUAUUACUUCAAAGAGGAUAUAUUAUGUUAAGUCGUACACCUUAAGAAAUAAAUAGAAAGCUUGCGUGUCCACGUGUUAUUUUCCUUGCUUAUGGAAAGACGAGGACUGAAGGAACAGAUGCUCUGAGAAAUUCAGCCUGAUCGCUAUAAUUAUGGAUUAAGUUUGUUGGAAGUGGUUGAUUAAGAAACUCGUCGCGACAGCUUCUCUUCUCCCAAUUAGCUGAAUUUGAAUAGGUGGCCACCGUGGAGCUGACUAAUUCUAGUAGAAGUGAUGCCGUGUCAUCCAGUAGUCAUCGCUACUCACACUGCAUCUAUAAUGCACAGUACUUUAUCUGAGGUGUUUAUUGUAGAUUAGGGGUGUGAAGGAAUGGAGCUUGAUUCAUGCUUCAAGCUGCAAGUUGGAGAUUGUGUUAGAACGUUAGAGAGCUAUACUUGAGCUGGUAAGUUUGAAAAAGGUUCAAAACUCGGACAAAAUCAAUAGAUCAAGUACUUAAAUGUAUUAAACAUUAUUUUAAACUAGGCAUUAAAGAUAUUAUUUAGGGUAAAUUAUAUUUUUUAGUUCGAAUUA